CACAGUUUCAGACUCCCGGAGCGUCGUCAAAGAGAUUCGGUGCUAACGGCUAACAUGCUAACCCGGGAAUAUUUACCGGUGAAAAAACGGAAAACCAAAGAGCGGAAACGGUAGAAACGGUUCCUCUGUGCUUGAAGGGCGGCAGCAGGGGCUGAUGGGAAACUGAGGAGAAAGUUUUUAAACUUUUCAACAGUCUCCGUUCACCUGCCUGCUAGCUCCGCUGCUAGCCUGCUAAGGGCUAACCGAGCUGCUAGCACUUUAAAAAGUUUAGUGAAGCUAAGCGGGCCGGGAAUUAGACGGAGCCAUGACGGUGGAAGGAGUUAGACACUCCCCGAUCCUGUCCGCCCUGUUCGGCGUGACUGACGAGUCCGAGCCGCUGCAGGGAGCCGCUCAGUUCAUUAAAGAGCGUCUGUACUUCGCCACAUUACGCAGUAAACCUAAGAGUACAGCCAACACUCACUACUUCUGCACUGACGAGGAGUUCGUCUACGAAAAUUUCUAUGCAGACUUCGGUCCUCUGAAUUUGGCCAUGUUGUAUCGAUACUGCUGUAAACUCAACAAGAAGCUGAAGUCGUUCACUCUGACCAGGAAGAGGAUCGUUCAUUACACCAGCUUUGACCAGAGGAAGAGAUCCAACGCUGCUGUGCUGAUUGGAGGCUACGCUGUGAUCUACCUGAAGAAAACUCCAGAAGAAGCCUACAGAGCUCUGAUCUCUGGUUCCAACGCCUCCUACCUGCCCUUCAGGGACGCCUCCUUUGGGAACUGCACCUUUAGCCUCACAGUGCUUGACUGUCUGCAGGGCAUCAGGAAGGCUCUGCAGCACGGCUUCUUUGACUUUGAGACCUUCGACGUGGACGAGUAUGAACACUACGAGCGGGUCGAGAACGGAGAUCUUAACUGGAUCGUCCCGGGAAAGUUUCUGGCCUUCAGCGGACCGCAUCCCAAAACUAAGAUUGAGAACGGUUACCCCCUCCAUGCCCCCGAGGCGUACUUCCCCUACUUCAGGAAACACAACGUGACGACAGUCAUCCGUCUGAACAAGAAGAUCUACGACUCCAAACGCUUCAUUGACGCUGGCUUCGACCACUACGACCUCUUCUUCUUAGACGGCAGCACGCCCAGCGACAUCAUCACACGCCGCUUCCUGCACAUCUGUGAGAACACCGAGGGCGCCGUGGCUGUCCACUGCAAAGCUGGUCUGGGCAGGACAGGCUCUCUGAUUGGCUGUUACCUGAUGAAACAUUACCGCUUCACGGCAGGUGAGGCCAUCGCCUGGAUCAGGAUCUGCAGACCGGGCUCUGUGAUUGGUCCGCAGCAGAAUUUCCUGGAAGAGAAGCAGGCAGCACUGUGGUUGCUAGGAGACAGCCAGCGUUCCCAGAAGGCCAAGAUGGAGGAGAGGGCGGUGUCUCACCUGAUCACCAAUAUGGACGACCUCAGCUUGAACUCCGCCCACAACAGCAACAGUCUACACGAGAGUGAGACGUUGGACAGCGGACCAGGGCUGACUCAGGGAGACAAACUGAGAGCCUUAAAGAGCCGGCGCCCCCCCCGCCCAGCCACCACCGGAGCUCUCAGAGUGGAAGAGAUGAAGACGCACAGCAGGUCGGCCUCGCAGCCGCUCAGACUGUCGAUGGGCGUCGGUCAGGGCCCCUCCUCCCCCCUCAAGUCCUCCAAAUUCCCAGCAUCCUCUGCUUCUGCUGCCGCCAAGAGGAUUGGAAGAAGUCCAUCAUCAACGGCGGCCAACAUCAGGAGCUCUCGCUUGGCCAGCUCUCUCAGUGAUCUUUACGCCGCCAACGUUGAGGAGGACAAAAACGCUCCGUACUCCUCUCUUCCUCCCUCCUCCUCCUCCCCUUCUUCCUCUGUGUCUCUCGGCCCCUCCCCCUCCCCCCUAGCCCCCCCCUCCCUGUGUCGCUAUGGUAACGGCCCUCGCAGCGUGCAGCACGAGGUCAACAACAAUGAAGGCGUGUACGCCGGCAGGCCAGGACCUCCCAGGGGCCCGGGGCCCUACAGUGCUCUGAAGGGCCCGUCAGGACGCUACCUCAGCCGGUCCAUACCUUCUCUUCAGUCUGAGUACAUCCAGUACUAGGUCAACAGGUCUGACCUGAGGAGGACACAUUACCCAUAACCCCCCUGUGAAGCAGCUCAGUGACUGAAGAGACUCUGUGUUCACGCCGUGUGUCAAUGAGCACGAUGUAAAUAUGAUGUCAUCAUCCACAUGAAGGACAAGAAGAAGAAGAAGAAGAUAUAUUUGGAUAAAGAGGACAGAUUUUAUAUUUGUUAUGAGAAAAAGAUAUUUUUGUUUUUAUAAACUGACUCUCCGUUGUCAUGGUUACAGUAUUUACUUCCUGUCUCUGCCCAGCAGGUUAUUUUGAUUGAUUAAUCUUUUGUAAUUAACAGCAAUAAUAAUAACAGUAGAAGAAGAAGGGACCCACAAACUGAAUGUCAGCAACUAAACUCAGGAAACACACCUGUGUGUGUGUGUGUGUGUGUGUGUGUGUGUGUGUGUGUGUGUGUGUGUGUGUGUGUGUGUGUGU